AUGGAUAAGAUAACCAGCGGCACCGGAUGUGGGGGUGACCUGACGGCUUCUUCUGGUGGCCCCGUGACGUCACCCAACUAUCCCGGUAACUAUGGCAACAAUGAGAACUGUGAGUGGCUGAUCACUGUACCAGAAGGAAGCAUCAUUCGCCUCACGUUUGACAGCUUCCACACUGAGGGCGGUUAUGACUUUCUCACCAUCUACGAUGGAGCCAGUGAUAAUGCUACAGAUUAUUCCAUAAUGUCUAGGUUAAGCGGUUACCACUCGCAAAUUACCCCCAUCAUCAGCACAUCCAACACGAUGUUCCUGAGGUUUACAUCUAACCGUUGGGGCAGCCGUCAGGGGUUCCAGUUCAACUACACAAGCAGUACUGCAGGCAAAUGCUGGGAUCCUGGUGUGCCGACCAAUGGGAACAGGGAUAACAACAGUAACUUUACAUCAGGACAGACAGUCAGGUACACCUGUAUGGACGGGUAUCAGCUGUUGGGGACUGCCAAUAUAACCUGCCAGCCGAACGGGACUUGGAGUGGUGCUACACCAGGUUGUGGAGGUAAUAGAUAAAGAAUAAAAGUAUUGAGGUUAAGGUUAAAAAUUCUGGUUUACCGCAUAUACAUGUACAUCGGUAACAUCGAUCGUCAUGUUCAAAGUGACAUUUUUUCAU